CUUUGUACAGUUCACUGAAAUGUAUGCUGGGAAGCUGAAAUAGACACAUAGAGAGACUGCAAAAAUGGCUGCACCAUGAGAAAAAAAACAAAAUACGUCUGCCAUCCAGAGACACAGGGGCUGCUCACUGAGCCUUCUAAGGGGCUCGCCUGUUCUCCUCCGGGGUCUGCACGGGAGGCGCCCCGAAACAAACUAAUUAUUUGAUCUUUUGUUUUUCUUUUUUUGUGUGUGUGUAUCUGGUUGAUCGCAGAGGGAGAGAACAGAGAAAGGAAGCGAAGGCAAUUAUCAAGCAGGAGGGCGAGAAAGAGAGAAAAAAAAAGAGCAAAGAAUUAAUAACAACAUCAUCUAACAAAGAAAUUAAUGGAUAGGAAUUAUCCGACGGCUGGAUUUGGAGAUCCUUUGGGGGCUGGUUCAGGAUGGAGUUACGAAAGGACGGCCAAAGCAAGCUUGGUCUAUGGAAGCUCAAGAGGCUCCCACCCAGAAACAGACAUUUUGCACAGACAGGCAUAUGGAACGCCUCACCCUCUGCAGGGCUAUGCUACCAACCACCAUCCAGGAGGAUUGUCGGGGUUGUUUGAGACUGGCCUCCAUCAUGCCAGCAGCGGCAACCCAGAUGCAUCAGUGAUGAAUCUAAUCUCUGCCCUCGAAUCUCGAGCUCCCCAGCCUGGACCCUCUGCCUCCUCCCUUCUCUCUCAGUUCCGCACGCCCUCAUGGCAGACAGCCAUGCAUACCCCUGCUCCCGCAGAACUCUUUAUAUCUGGAGCCGGUACAUUUCCAUCAUCCUCUGCCCUUUCGGCUUACCAGCACCCAGCAUCAUUUAGUGGUAGAAGUUUCCCUGUAACAUCUUCAUUGAGUCUUCAGGACGCCACCUUCAGCCCUACUUCUAACGGACUCCUCUCUCCUCAUGAUCCCCUUCUACAUAUAAAGUCAUCACAGUCCUCUGUUCCAUCUUCCCUGAGUUUUGAUCGGCUUGGCAGCACGGUAUUGGGCACCGGAUUACCAUCUCAGAGUUCUGCCUAUCGUAGUGCCCAAGAAUCCGCUUCACGUCAUCUUCCUUCCCAGUUCAACCUACUGUCCUCUUCUCUUGGACCUUCCGAACAAACAUCCCAGCUCUACAAUGCCUCUGUUUUCUCAAGCUCCCCGGCCUCUUCAAUUGAAAGAGCAAUGCCUAGACAAGAUAGCGUUAUUAAGCACUACCAGCGGCCCUCCAGUGCACAGUCCCAGCUUCCUUCGGCCGCAGCUGCUGCCCAUUCCCUGCAGCACUAUCUAAGCUGUGGUGGCAGUUACCAGCAAAUGCAGCAUCGUUCCAGCUUGUCCUGCAGCCCAUUAGGGGACCAGUCACCUGUCAGCAGCGAGGGUUCACAGCAGAAAAACUCACAAGCACGCCAAGAACAGUCUCAAAGCUACAGACCAAUAAUACAGUCCCCAGGCUAUUCAACAUCUUCCUCUUCCAACAAGUCCAAAAGCUACUCAGCAUCUAGGCAGACUCCUCGAUCCACUGCCACUCCAAAGUGCCAAAGCAUUGCCACCACUGGACAGACACACAACUAUUCCUCCUCCACUCCAAAGCCCAGCUCUGUUAUUGCUAGUCAGUCUCAGGCUUACUCCCCUGGACAGCCACAGAAUCUUUUAUCCAUGUCCCAGUCACAAAGCUAUUCUCAGUCACAGAACCUUUCAGCUGUUUCUCAGUCACAGGGCUUUACAUCUAGUCAAGCCCAAGACCUGACCAGCGGAAGCAAAUCCCAAAGCUUUACGACUAGUCAGUCUCAAGGGUUGCAGACUUGCGUGAGCCAGAAUCAAACCUACUCACCAGAGCAUAUGCAGGGGUUAUCAUCAGUAGGCCAGAUUCCAAAUUACAGUGUACAAACUGAGUCUCAUGUUUCUGGCAGCCAGGCAUCUAGUUAUGUUCCAGCUCAUUCACAAGGCUUACCAACUGCUAGUCCUUCCCUAAGUUACAGCACUGGCCAUUCCCCAGCUAUGUCCAGUCACGCCCAAUCUAUUGGUUAUUCUUCAGUUAGCCAUGGCCAAAAUUUAUCAGAUUCAAGUCCCUCUCAAAUAAUCCGACCUCUCCAGUCUCCUACAUCAAGUCGCUCUCAAAGUGUAGCUUCUCCUGGUCAGUCUCAGAAGUAUUUGACUUCAGUACUUUCACCCUCCUACAUGCAAGCUUCCCAUUCACAAAGCUAUCAAAAUUCCCAGCCCUCCUUAGAAAGAACACCUUCCUACAACAAACCAAAAUCUGAUUCUGAUCUUCUCUCCACUGAAAGGACAGACGAUGAAGACUUUCUUAUUCAGCACCUAUUACAGUCGCAAAGUCCACCUCGAGUCUCUUCUGAAAGCCUAGUUGAGUGUGAGGAAAGGUCUAGUAAAUCAAUGGCCUAUGAAAUGAGUAAAACCGAGGAGAGGUAUCACCUGCAAAGUGUUAUAAGGACUAAUUCCAACUUGGACAACCAAGGGUUAGAGAUGUCUCUUCAGAGCUUAAAAGACAAGAAAAAAUCUGAUCGCCAUAAGGAAUAUGCCAACACAAGGUCAACUCCGGAGUCUUUAGGAACGUCUGUUGUUCAUUAUAGUCACCAGACUGGUCCCAUGGAUUCCUACACUCAGGACAUGAAAAAGUCAGUAGACCAUCUACCACACAUGGACACCUCAAGUAAAGACAUGUACUCGGCUCAUUCAAACCUGCAAAAGACUCCUGAGCAUGCCUCACAAGCUCACAGAAUGGUGGCUGAAAGUCAGUCAAUGGAGACUCACAAUAUGCUUCAAAGCCAGCAAGGCAAUUCAAUGAUGAUGGAUACCUCCCCGGAUAUGCCACUCUCUCUUACCCACCAGCCGACCACUCAGCAACCACAACUCUUGCAGUCGGUUCUCACCCAUACCCAGAGUCAGCUACAGGCACAUCAGAGAAAAGUACAAACUCCCAUGGAUGUUCACCUUAUGGAACCACAAAGGAUCCAAGCUGAAGCACAAUCUCCACAGUUACAGAUGCAACUGCAGUCUCAGGCUCUGGAGGCCCACUUACAGUCCCAGCAAAUGCAAGCUCAUGUGCGCUCACAGUCUAUGGAGGUACACUCUCGUUCUCAGUCAAUAGAGUCACAGCUGAUGGAUUCCCACCCGUUGCAAACAGACCAGCAAUCGCCUCAGCUACAGGCACAACUUCAGUCAGAACGCAUGCAAGCAGAGAUGCAGCCAGAAAGAAUGCAAGCAUCGCUCCAAUCUGAGGCCAUGGACGGACAUUCCCAGAAUGAUGGCAUGCAAUCAUUAUCACGGCCCCAGGAAAUUCAGGAUUUCCUGGAACCUGACUUGAAUUUGGAGACACAUUUGGGCCAGACUGGAUCUGUACAAAAUCAAUCACACCUCAUGUCUGAUGGAGGAGAUCCCCUGCGAUUAGAUGGAGAGUCCUCCCAACAGGUGCCUCAAGCUCAGAUGGAGCCCAAGGACCAGUUUGAUAGUCCGAGUCCUCAAGGUUCAAAGCAGAGGUUUGUUCCUUUAACAUCUAUUUGCUUUCCUGAUUCUCUUUUACAAGAUGAGGAGAGAAGUUUUUUUCCUGGAAUGGAAGAUAUGUUCUGCCCACAACCUUGUGGGAAUGAUGAAUUUUCCAAAGCAAGUUGUGCUGAUGAUGGUUCUCAGAGCAUGGACAGGAAUGAGGCCAUGAAAAACAGUUAUGAGAUGAUGCAGUCUAGCCAAGGUUAUUCAGGUUACUGCACCUCCGAAAGUAAUGACAAUCAACAGAAUGUUCAUUUGGGGCUUGAUUCUGUAUCUGUAAAACAUGAACUGCCAUCAACUGUCAACACAGAACAGUUAGGUCUAAUUCAGUCUGGUCACAGCCAGCAGUCUUCUGAAGUGAAACCUGGCCUGACAUCACCCAUCUUCUGCUCUUCCAAACCUAAAAAACUACUCAAGACAUCAUCGUUCCACCUGCUGAAGAAGAGGGAACCAUCUUUCCAGCCUCCCAAGAAAAACUAUGCCCAAGAGUACGAGUUUGAAGAUGAUGAAGACAAAGAGGAUGUCCCCGCAGAUAUUCGAUUAAAUAGUCGUAGACUACCUGAUCUUCUCCCAGAUCUUAUUUCUAGUUGCCGUACUCGUCCUAACAUAAGUCCAAUGGGAGAUAUUGAUUUUUGUCCACCAAAUAAUAUGGAUGGUCCAAAGAGACGAGGUCGGAAACCCACUAAACCGAAAAGAGAAGGUCCUCCAAGACCCAGGGGAAGACCAAGAAUCAGGCCUCUAGUAGAACCACAUGUACUGGGACAUGAUGGAAUUAGAAGGCCCAGAGGAAGAGGUAGGGGGAGAGGAAGGAGACUGACCGAUGAGGGAAGAACGAACAUGCCAAUGGAGCCACUGAAACCACUAAAGAUCAAGCUGCAAGUGCCAAAAGGGAAUGACGCUUUGCAGAUGGAUCAAGCUGAGAUGCUCCCUCCUCCCCAGGAGAACACUUUGGACAACAGCCAGACUCGGGAGAAGAUCAAACAGAAAAUCAAAGAAGUAGAGGAAAAGCAACCAGAAAUAAAGUCAGGCUUUAUGGCCUCUUUUUUAGACUUUCUGAAGUCGGGCAAAAGGCAGCAGCUACCUACAGCCAACACCAGCCCAUCGAAGAACCGGCCACCGUCUGCCCAGCAGGCCUCACAGGCUUCUUUUGGGAUGGCGUCCCAGAUGCUUUCUGGAACCUUGGACUCUACAGAGAGUGAUAGCCUAGUUAUGAGUUGCACCAGCCCUUGCAAGAGGCUGGAUGAUGAAUUUAAAAGGAAUUUGGAGACAUUGCCUUCCUUCUCUUCAGAUGAGGAGGACUCUGUCAGCAAAAACCAAGACUUGCAGAAAAGCAUCUCUUCAGCUAUAUCUGCUUUAUAUGAUCCCACUGACCGCAAGGAGCCAGAAAGCGCAGCUCCCGCCAUAGUUGAGGAGACGGUGUCCAGCCCUGUGCCUUCUGAACCUUCCUCGCAGCCAGAGCUGCCAGUGGCGAUCUCCCCACCAUCUCCGCAAGAGGCUCCUGCUCCUCCUCCACCAGAAGAGCCCCCUUCCCAGUCAUCCCCUGAACAGGAGGAACCAGAAGAUUCCAGACCCCUACAUCUGGCCAAAAAGCAGGAGACAGCUGCAAUUUGUGGAGAGACCGACGAUGAAGAUGUUGAGAGCAGCGGGGAGGGUAUCUUCAGGGAGAGAGAUGAGUUUGUCAUUCGAGUGGAAGACAUCCAGGCUUUAAAGCUUGCUCUACAGACAGGCCGCGAGCCUCCUCCAAUUUGGCGGGUUCAAAAAGCGCUACUGCAGAAAUUCACCCCAGAGAUCAAAGACGGGCAGCGGCAAUUUUGUGCCACCAGUAAUUAUUUGGGAUACUUUGGUGAUGCCAAAAACCGCUACCAGCGCCUGUAUGUCAAGUUCCUUGAGAAUGUCAACAAGAAGGACUACGUAAGAGUUUGUUCCAGAAAACCAUGGCAUCGUCCUCUUCAGACUAUGAGGAGACAAAGUCAAACAAAAGCCCCUGGAGCUAAAAGUCCUGUGGCUGUUAAUAAGCCAGAGAAGUGUGAGAAAUCGGAUCGUCCUAUAAGAGUGGAUCCCACUCAGAGACCCGAAAAACCAGAGGUAAUAGAGAAGGUAGAAAAGACGGAAAGCAUUGAGAGAACUGAUAACAUCGAAGAAGAGGAGAUGAGCACUGAAACAUUUGAAAGCAUUCAGCAACCUGAAAAGUGUACUACUAAUGAAGAAGAAGAAGAGGAAUAUGAAAACAUCACAACCAAUGCAGCAAAGGAAGAUAGUGAAAAGUUGGAACAAAAUGAGACAAUCGUAAAGACUGAUUCAGUGCCGCUAAAUGACCAGGAAGAGCCGAUCGAGGAAAAAGACAUCACUGAGCUUUUGGAGAAGGAAGAUAGGACUGAACUUGUGGUUAAACCCGAGAAGGCUGAGCCAGCGAUUAUGGCAGAAAAAACUGAGCUGAUACCAAAACCUGAAAAAGCAGAAUCCAUAAUCAAACCUGACAAAGUCGAACCUGUGGCAAAAUUAGAGAAACCAGACGUCACUGUGAAACCCGAAAAGAGUCUUACUGUGGCAAGACCUGAAAAGCAAGAGCUUACCCUGAAGGCGGAAAAGAUUUCUGCAGCUGGAAAGGCCGAAAAGUUGGACCUUGGUGUGAAGUCAGAAAAGGUUAGUCCAGCAUUCAGACAGGAAAAGUUGGAACGCAUUCUAAAGCCUGAAAAGAGCUCCAGUGCUGCAAAACAUGAAAAGCUAGACCGCAUUUUAAAACAAGACAAAAGUAAUCCAAGUUUAAGGCAGGAAAAGGCAGAUUCUGUUGUAAAGCCAACAGUUGCAGUAAAACCAGAAAAAAAUGAAAAAUUGGGGAAAAACAUUUCAGCUGUUAAACCAGAGAAGUCGGAACUUGCCGUUAAGUCAGAGAAGUUAGAGAUUCCUAAAAAGGCUCAUAAGGCUGAAAGUGUUGGGAAGACCAGUUUACCACCUGAAAGGCCAAGUAAAGAAGAAGUCUUGGAAGCGCUGGACAAAGAGGAAGUGGUGAGGAAAUCUGACAAAAUGGGGACACCCAGCAGGAUUGAGCAGAAUGAUGCAAUAAAGAGAAAGUCUAAACCAGAACCAUUGGAGCAGACCCCAAAGGUGGAAGCUGUGAAGAAAGUUGAGAAGGAGCCUACAGAAAAUAAGGUGGUGAGGACGGAGAGAGCUGAAAAACCGCCGAAGUUGGAAAAGCAUACAAAGGGAGAUCGUACAGACAAGGCUGGGAAGGUAGAUCGUCACGAGAAGCCAAGCAGGCUUGAGAGAAUGGAUAGGUCACCCAGGGCAGAAAAAGAGAAACAAACAAAGGCGGAAAAGCCAGAGAAGCUUACCAGAGCUGAGAGAGCAUCCAAGAAUUCUAGGACAGAUAGACUUUCAAGAACAGAUAAGUCUGAGAGACCUGAAAAAAUGCCCAAGCUAGAAAGGAUAGAAAAAUCACCAAAGCGGGAAAAAGUGACAAAGAAUGACCGAGUUGAUAGGAUUGAUAAAGCAGUGAAAGCAGAAAAAAUUGAAAAACACACAAGGGUUGAAAAAGUGGAUAAAGUAGAUCCACCUACUCCUAAAGUUGCGCUGAAACCUAAGCAGAAGCCCACAAAGGUGAAAGCUGAACCACCACCGAAGAAGAGGAAAAAAUGGCUUAAAGAGGUGGUAUCGUCCUCUGAUUCAGACUCCUCCCCUGACCAGCAGAGCGAAGAAGAGCGUGCUCCUGUAGGCCGGGUGCUGAAUACAAGAGCAAUGAAGGAGAUGUACCGCAGUUACAUAGAAAUGCUGGUCAGCACUGCAUUAGACCCCGAUAUGAUUCAGGCAUUGGAAGAUACUAGUGAUGAACUUUACCUCCCACCAAUGAGGAAAAUUGACGGCAUUGUAAAUGAACACAAGAAGAAAGUCUUGAAGAAGUUUUCACUGAGUUCAUCUGUUCAGGAGGCGCUUCACACAUUUCCACAGCUAGUUACUGAUUCAGGGGAGUCUACUGUGAGGAUGAAACCUGGCGGAGAGCCUUACAACCGAAAAACACUCAACAAGCUAAAAAAGAAUGUAGCCAAACCACAGGAAUUCAAGGUGGAUGCUGAGAAGUCACUUUAUUACUCCUUGUACCAUUCCUUGCAUCACUACAAGUAUCACACCUUCCUACGUUGCAAGCAAGAGACCAAUGCAAUAGAAGAGCAGAAUGAUGAUUUGGGGCAAGAAGAGGUUGUUCAGCAGUGCAUGAGGAACCAGCCUUGGCUCGAAAAACUCUUCAACACCUUCAUUGACCUACUCACGCAAGCACAGAGCAAGUGCGCGUGACUGAACACAUGACUGCUAUAAAAGUCGACAACCUGUUAAGGGGGAAUCAAAUCACAAAAUAAAAACAAGUGACUCAAGUAACGAGAGAGAGACAUGCCAUGCGGAAGAGGCAAUGUGUUCUGUCCUGGACUUAACUUUUGUUGUCAAGGCAACGAGCUAUAAGGAGGAAUGGAUGACGUAAGUUCUGCAGGCCUUAACGUGACUUUAGGCCUCAGGCUUCUGAACAGUGACACCUAUUUGAAUCAAGGUGGUUCUCUCUUUCUCUUGACUUCUGUCUUCUUCCUUUUGUUCUUUGUCCUUCUUUAGCUGGAGGAGGAAUUGCUAACUGUGCAUCGUUUCAUUUUUUCAUUUUUUUUUUUUCAUUUGCUCCUUGUGCCGUCCCCGUCAUACUGUGCAGAGGAUUUCUGGCUCUGUCUUCUGUUCAGAUCUGCUUCCAGUGACUGACAUAUUCUGACAGGAGCAAGCAGCCCCAACAUUCUGUCCCUUGUUAUUUAUUGGGAAGCAUGCGUGUAUGUGUUGUGCGUGUGAAAGAGCCAGAUUCCCUGUUGUCCGGGGUGGCGGGCAUUUCGAUUUUGGAUUAACAAAUCUAUCCAGUUGUAAGGGUAACUCGCCACA